ACGCAUGGGACCAGAGGCCCUACGUAAUUUUGGUGACGUAUGCGGAAGAUCUACAAUACACGAACGCUCGCGAUAGAGCAGUCGUGGGAUUUGGUUUAUCAAGGGUUGAGCCCGUGGGUAAGUGUCUGUAUUAAUUGGCACUAUUAGUAAACAAAGACGUUUCCCAUGCCGCCAGUACGGGUGAUUUGCAGUCGCGGAAUGGGCAUACUCGCUAUAUUCUUAGAUACUGACAUAAGCACAUCAACUCAGUAUUAGCUGGGUAAGCGAAUAUGGCGACGGCAAUACUGCUAGCUUCAUAGCUGUCUUUCCUCGAAUGAAAGAAUGGGUGGUGAAGCUAGCCUCGUAGCAAUCUGGGUAUCUGGUUGCUGAAGUGUGUAAACAAGGGGCACCGCAUUGUUAUCGUGAGCAUCGCUGCUGUCAAAAUUUCACGGUUAAGAAAUAUUGUCAACACGGGUUCGACCGGCUUGCAUGCUCCUGUAAACAUCCACGCACAAAGCAUCUGUAGUUGUUAAUGUUUAUUUGGCGAGUAUUUAUGCUAACAACACAAUAGAGGCUUCCCAUUAUUCUGUAGCUGUCAGUUCCAAGGGGGAUUUUAAAGAGCAGUCAUCCUCUGUAGUAGCCUACAUACAGAUUAAUUAUUGCAUUUAGUACAUUGUGUCACUAUGUCACGUAUUGAGACCCAUGUUUUUGUUGUCAAGUGUUUGAAAGAGCGUUUAGUAUUGAACUGUGCAGGAAAACAUCUGACUGAUAAGGAUGCCAUCACUGACGUUUGCCAUGUAGUAUUUUAGCCACAUCACAGAACCACUGCUUUGUAACUGGUGUCAAUACACUUUUGGAAGUACUUAACGUUUUUGAAAGCUUUACAUGGGUACAGUUGGCUAAGACAGUACCCAUGUCUUUCCUGUAGAGUUCAGAAGUAUUCAUUAAUCAGGAGCAUGUUUGGUUGUAGGACACACGGAAGUUCUGAAUAUGAGUGAUGACAAACCUUUCCUAUGUACUGCUCCUGGGUGUGGUCAGCGCUUCACCAAUGAAGAUCAUCUUGCUGUCCAUAAGCAUAAACAUGAGAUGACACUGAAGUUUGGUCCAGCAAGGAAUGACAGUGUCAUUGUUGCUGACCAAACUCCAACCCCUACACGCUUUCUGAAAAACUGCGAAGAAGUAGGCCUCUUCAAUGAGCUCGCAAGUCCCUUUGAGCAUGACUUCAAAAAGGCAGAGGAAGAUAUCAAAAAGUUACCUUUGGAUUUAUCGCCUCUUACUACACCACUUACUUCACUUCGCCAAAAAACUGAGGAACAGUCAUCUCUAGAUGCACAUCGAGACAGUCCAUUACCACACCCUGAAUCUACGACAAAUGAUGACAAGGAGGUUUCUUUGCAGCCGACCUCACUGCCAGCAUCCACUAUAGUGCGUCCUCCAUCCCUUCAAGUUCCAAAUGUACUUCUCGCAACUACAGAAGCUAGUGUUGUAAUACAGCAAGCCCUCCCAUCGCCAACGUCUAGCUCUGUUAUUACUCAAGUUCCCUCCUCUAAUAGGCCAAUAGUUCCCGUCUCUGGCACUUUCCCCGUCCUCUUACAGCUCCCCAAUGGCCAGACAAUGCCAGUCGCCAUCCCAGCAUCCAUUGCAAACCCAAGUGUACAUAUUCCAACUGCCAUCCCUAUUGUCAGACCCGUCACCGUAGUGCCUAACGUCCCAGGGAUCCCAGGACCCUCCUCCCCUCCACAACCCGUCCAGUCAGAAGCAAAGAUGAAGUUGAAAGCGGUGCUGAGCCAGCAGCAGCUCCCUCAGGUAACCAAUGGCGAGGUGCCUGGCGUGCAGAGCCACAGCCCACCCCCACCCGCAGCUGCACCUACACCUGCGCCUGCUCCGCCCCCUGUGGCCCCGGCCCCUCCGCCCCCCGUGGCCCCGGCCCCUGUGGCCCCAGCCCUAGCUCCGGCCCCGGCACCUCCACCACCCGCCCCACCGGAGGAGCCGUGUCUUCAGACACUGCAGCAGCCAGCCACCUCCACCACAGAAACCCCUGCAGACGAUUUAAUGUACACUAUGUCCGCAUCUGAUGAAGAAGGAAGUUUCACAGUCGAAACAUGUCAGGCGUCCCCGGCGCCCGCCCCCGCCCAGCACACCCCCAGCACAGGCGGCCGGCGGCGCCGCUCCACCAACGAGGACCCGGACGAGAAGCGCCGCAAGUUCCUGGAGCGCAACCGGGCCGCCGCCUCCCGCUGCCGGCAAAAGAGGAAAGUGUGGGUGCAGUCUCUGGAGAAGAAGGCAGAGGACCUCAGCUCCCUCAACGGCCAGCUACAGAGUGAAGUCACCCUGCUGAGAAACGAGGUGGCUCACUUGAAGCAGCUCCUGCUGGCUCAUAAAGAUUGCCCUGUAACCGUCAUGCAGAAGAAGUCUGGCUAUCACUCUGCGGAGAAGGAGGACAGUUGUGAGGACAUGUCGGUGCCCGGCAGCCCUCAGAACGAAGCCAUCCAGCACAGCUCCGUCAGCACAUCCAACGGGGUGAGCGUCUUGGCCUCGGCCGCCGCCGCCGCCGCUGCUGCUGAGGCUGCUGCGGCUGCUGCGGCUGCUGAGGCUGCUGCGGCUGCUGCGGCUGCUGCUCCCAUUCCAGAAGGAGCAGCGCCCCCCUCGGGGCCGUCCAAUGCCCCCGCCGGCGCCCCCCCAACAGACCAGAGCACAGAGGAGGCCCAGCCACAGGUGUCUACGGCCCCCAGCACCCCCUCACAGCAGCAGCAGCAGCAGCAGCCCUCGACCAGCUGAUUGCACAGACCAUCAACACGGUGCUUUCCCAGCAGCCAUGCAAAGCCAAGGGGACUGGCCCCUGUCCCUCUCCUCUCCUCUCCU